CGAGUUAGUUUGUUCAGCAAUGCUGAGGAGUAUUAGAAAAGGGCGUUUCUUUGGGGGGGGGGGUCACCCAUCCGGCCACCGCAAUUAGGGUCGACUUUCUGAGACCUAGGGAAAGGGGCGGGCUGUGGCGUUGUGUCGGAGCCAGGGGAUUUCGAUUUUCGACGAGCCUGGCCUGGAGGAUGGGUUUGAGGUGACGGAUGCACCCAGCAAAUCCGGGCGGGGUGGGAGGGCGGGGCCCGUGCUGGCAGUGCCAGGCAGCCCCAGGCUUGGAAGGAGCAGUUUGAGGGGGGCAGAUCGGGCUUUGAGAUGAGCAUCUCUCAAUUUGGGCGACUGUAGUGUGGGCAGUCACAGAUCGAUGAUAUGUAGAAUUCAUUCGGAAUAGCCGCCCGCCCACUAUGUCCUAAUGUCAGAGUUUGGGCUCUGCCUACUUGAGACUGUUCUUUUCUCCGAGGGAUCUGUAUAGAAGAGGAAGGAACAACCCCUGAUUUCUUGCCAACAGAGCUUCAAGAGAUGGUGACAUUCAAGGACGUGGCUGUGGUCUUCACAGAGGAGGAGCUGGGGCUGCUGGAUUCUGCCCAGAGGAGGCUGUACCGAGAUGUAAUGCUGGAGAAUUUCAAGAACCUGCUCCUAGUGGCACAUCAGCCCUUCAAACCAGACCUAAUAGCCCAGUUGGAGAAAGAAGAAAAUCUUCUGGUGGUGGAAACAGAAACCCCAAGAGAUGGGUGUUCAGGAAACAAGAAUCAACAAAAGAUGGAGAGUAUUCAAGAAGUGCAAUUAAGCUACCUAUCCCCCAAAGAGCUUUCUUCCUGUCCUUGGCAACAAGGUGCCAAUCGGUUAAUCAGGUGUCAAGAUUCCAUGAAAAAUUUUCAAGAAAGGAAUUCUCAGUUACAAGAACAAGGUGAUUCCCUCUCUCAGGUUCAAGCAGGAAUACCAAUUCAUAUUUCUGAAGAUGAGAACUAUACAUUGACUCAUAUAGAAGAUGGUUCUAAUUAUAUAAAAAGUCGAGAGCUUCCUUCUUGGAGGGCCCAACAUUGUUGGAGGAAGAUGUAUCUGACAGAGUCACAUAAUUGUCAGUGUAGAUGUCAGCACAUUUUCAUGAAAAGUAAUUUUUGUAAGUGUAACAGCAUCAGUUGGAUCUCAUGUCACAAAGAUAAUUUAGGAGUCCACAGAAAAGAAAAAAAUUACAGCUGUCAUGACUGUGGAGAAGAUGCCAUGAAGGUAUCCUUACUUAAUCAGGACUCAGUUCAAACAAGACAAAAUCCCUUCCCAUGUACUGAGUAUAGAAAAGCCUUCAGUAAUGACUCCUGCUCUGAAGUUCAUCAGCAGUUUCACUUGCCUGAAAAGCCUUAUACAUACAGUCCAUGUAGACAGGUCUAUAGGAAUAGUUCAGUUCUUCAUAUUCAUGAGAAUAUUCAGAGAGAAGAUGAUGUUGUUGAGAGCUCACAUCUGCAAUCCCAUCAGAGAGAGCAUAUGGAGGAGAAACAGUGUAAAUGUAGUGAAUGUGGUGAGAACUUAAAUCAGUACUCCUCUGUUAACACAUACGAACUUACCCACACAGGGGAGAUGUCCUAUAGGUGCAAUAUUUAUGAAAAAGCUUUUAGUCAUAGCUUAGACCUUAAUAGUAUUUUUAGAGUUGAAACUAGAGAGGAACCCCCUGAAUAUGAGAGUGGAAAUAUCUUUAAUGAGAAUUCAUGUCUUCAAGUCCAUAAGAAAAUCCACACCAAAGAGAAAAUAUACACAAGUAUAGAGUGCGGGAAGGCUUUCAUUUGUAGUUCAAAUCUUAGCAUUCAACAUAGACUUUGCAUGAAAGGGAGUCCCUAUAAUUCUGAGGAGUAUGGUAAUGGCUUCAAUCUGGCCUCACAUUUUCAAGACCUUCAGAUAGUCCACAGUAGGGAACAACCAUAUAAACAUUAUGUCUGGAGUAACAAUUUCAGUCAAAAUUUGUAUCUUCAAGGCCAUCAGAAAAUUCACAUUGGAGAGAAAACUUACAAGGAAUGUGAGAAUGUCUUCAACUGGAGUACAAAACUUAAAGAUCAUCAGAGAGUUCACACUGGACAGAAGCCAUACAAAUGCAAUACAUGUGGCAAAAGCUUCAGUCAUAGAUCAGUUCUUAAUGUUCAUCAGAGAGUCCACACGGGAGAGAAACCUUACAAAUGUGAAGAGUGUGAUAAGGGAUUCAGUCGGAGUUCAUACCUUCAAGCCCAUCAGAGAGUCCACACUGGAGAAAAACCAUACAAAUGUGAGGAAUGUGGGAAGGGCUUCAGUCGGAAUUCAUACCUUCAAGGCCAUCAGAGAGUUCAUACUGGAGAAAAACCAUACAAGUGUGAGGAGUGUGGUAAAGGCUUCAGCCGCAGUUCACACCUUCAAGGCCAUCAGAGAGUCCACACUGGAGAAAAACCAUUCAAAUGUGAUGAGUGUGGGAAAGGGUUCAGUUGGAGCUUUAAUCUUCAAAUUCAUCAGAGAGUUCACACAGGAGAAAAACCCUAUAAAUGUGGAGAAUGUGGUAAAGGCUUCAGUAAGGCCUCAACUCUUUUGGCCCAUCAGAGAGUCCACACAGGGGAAAAGCCAUACCACUGUGAUGAGUGUGGUAAGAGCUUCAGUCAGAGAUCAUACCUUCAAAGUCAUCAGAGUGUACACUCUGGAGAGAGACCAUAUAUAUGUGAAGUAUGUGGGAAAGGCUUCAGUCAGAGAGCAUAUCUUCAAGGUCAUCAGAGAGUCCACACUAGAGUGAAACCAUAUAAAUGUGAGAUGUGUGGGAAAGGCUUUAGUCAGAGUUCACGGCUUGAAGCACAUCAGAGGGUCCACACAGGAGGGAAACCAUAUAAAUGUGAGGUGUGCACAAAGGGCUUUAGUGAGAGUUCACGCCUUCAAGCACAUCAGAGAGUUCAUGCAGAAGGGAGACCCUAUAAAUGUGAACAGUGUGGUAAAGGUUUCACUGGGUAUUCAAGUCUUCAAGCCCACCACAGAGUCCACACUGGGGAGAAACCAUACAAAUGUGAGGUGUGUGGAAAGGGCUUCAGUCAGAGGUCAAACCUUCAAGCUCAUCAGAGAGUUCACACAGGAGAGAAACCAUACAAAUGUGAUGCAUGUGGUAAGGGUUUUCGUUGGAGCUCAGGUCUUCUAAUUCAUCAAAGAGUCCAUAGUGGUGAUAAAUUCUAUAAAAGUGAAGUGUAUGGUAAGGAUUACCCUUCAGCAGAGAAUCUACACAGAAAUGAAGAUUCUGUUUUGUUUUGAAGUCAUUAAGUGGGAGCUGACAUUUUCCAGUCACUAGUUUUUUAAAUAGUAAAAUAAUCUUGUAAAAAUGAAAAUAUAAUGUUUCUGCCAACUUCAACAUUCAUAAUGGUCAGAAGGGUUCCAUAAGGGAUUUUUGUCAGAAUGUUACCAUCAAUCAUUGCAUAGGAGAUAGGGUUUUCUAAACCAGUAAGUCUACAAAACAGUGACAUUUCAUAACUCAGUGGAAGUGCUCCAUACUUUUUGCUAAAUGAGUAAAAAGUAUGUAAAUGUUGAAAAUUGUAUUAAGCUAUCCUGCAAGCAAUCUUAAUAAAGUCAUUUCAAGUAAUAAUGUAUUUACUUGUAGAACAUCAAGCAGUAUUGCAAUCUGAAAUAACAUGAAUUUGGUUGUAACCUUAUUGGAGUUGGUUCCUAUCCCAUGUACCAUCUUUAGCAGGGAUGUGCUGAAUUUUUGUUUGUUUGUUUGUUUUGAGACAGAAUCUCACUUUGUCAUACUUGGUAGAAUGCCAUGGCGUCAUAGCUUACAGCAACCUCAAACUCUUGGACUCAAGCAAUUCUCUUGUCUCAGGCUCCUGGGUAGCUGGGACUAUAGGUGCCCGCACCAAUGCCUGGCUAUUUUUAGAGGCAGGAGUCUCACACUUGCUCAAGCUGGUCUUGAACCUGUGAACUCAGGCAAUCCACCAGCCUCUGCCUCCUAGAAUGCUAGGAUUACAGGCAUGAGCCACUGCAUCCAGCUGACAUGCUGAAUUUCUUAACAUUUGGCCUCCAGUUGAAGUUUAUGUGGGCAUGUAUAUGCAUACAUGUGUGCACUUUAAAUGAUAGCACAAACUAAUAAUGGUUCUGGUUAACUUUGGAAAAAUGGAACACUGUAUUUAACAUAAUUGAAUUUCUACUCCUGCUAUGUGUAUUGAGGCAGAGUUUUACUGUAAUAUUUGGAAAGUGUCAGAAAUAGUUACUGAUUGCUAUCAUUUUUUUAAUAAAUGUCAAAAAAGUUACAGUACUUGCCUUUUUACUCUCUGUGUUUCUAUCAAAGUCUAUUUGAUCUGACUGAUUUCUAAGUGUUGACAAAGCCAAAUCUACUUAGGAAAAGUUUCUGACGAGUUUGAAGGACUUUAAUUUUGUCACGUUCUCUAGCCCCAUACUUCUCCACUCACACAAAAAGGGAAAAGUCUUGGGUGGUGCCUGUAGCUCAAGCAGCGAAGGCGCCAGCCACAUACACCAGAGCUGGUGGGUUUGAAUCCGGCCCAGGCUUGCCAAACAAUGACAACUAUAAUCAAAAAAUAGCCAGGUGUUGUGGCGGGCACGUGUAGUCCCAGCUACUCGAGAGACUGAGCCAAGAGAAUCACUUAAGUUUAAGGUUGCUGGGAGCUGUGACACCAUGGCAUCGACCCAGGGCAACAGCUUGAGGCUCUGUCUCAUUAAAAAAAAAAGGAAAAGUCUUGAAUUUUUCUACACAUUUUGUCAAAUAUAUUGACGAUUAGGAUAGCAUUGUUAUUUGCUUGCUAGUCUGUCUUUAAAAGCUAUGUGUUUCAUUGGUGACAGUGAAAAAUAUAUGCUUGUCAUCCAAUAUAUAUAAAAAUAUUUAAUAUCAGAAAGUAAAAUUUACAGAUGGAAAUAACAGAAUGUAUGACUAAUUUUUAUAAUGAGGAAGAACUGUACAAUACCAGUUAUUUUUUGAGACAGUUUCACUCAGUUGCCCUCCAUAGAGUACCAUGGCGUCACAGCUCACAGCAAUCUCCAGCUCUUGGGCUAAGACGCGAUUCUCUUGCCUCAGCCUCCCAGAACCUGGGACUAGAGGCGCCCACCACAACGCCUGGCUAUUUUUUGUUGCAGUUUGGCCAGGGCCGAGUUUGAACCCUCCACCCUUGGCAUAUGGGGCCAGCGCCCUACUCACUGAACCACAGGCACCGCCCAACAAUACCAAUUUUUUAAACUGGAAAUAAAUGUCCA